AUGGGGCUUGGAGAUAUCACCCUCAUUUCUUCCCCACUUCAAAACGUGUUGGAGAGGUUAGUGAUGUCCCUGACCAUGCUCGGAGAUGCAGAGCUUCAGAAAUUGGGAGAUCCAGCAAAACAGAAGAGGUUUCUUGAACAUCAACCUCUAUUUGAAGGCCUAGGGAACUUAUUAGAGCGCAUUGCUUCCGGUUUUAGUCGAGUACCAUUUUUUCCUUUUAUUAUUGGUAAAUCUAGUCAAGCACAUGAAAGAGAUGAGGCACUUGAUAUCAUAAACUCAAUCUAUGAUAAUUCAGUUGAACUAGAGAACAUCACCUUGCAAUUGGAAUCUAUUGGAAAGCUUGUCAGAUUUUCAUCUUCUGAAGAAAUGGCCCAAAUCGGUGAACCUGAAAUGACAGUACGACCACAUGAGGAACCACUUCCUGUUCAUACUUAUCAUGAGAUUGUACAGUCCAAGCUUGGAAACAUGGACACCAAGGUUGAUGAAGGAUCCACUUCUGAAGUUGCUAAUACCUCAGAUGUAUGUGAAAGCUUUCGCAAUCUUCCUCAACAUCUAAAGAGAUGUGUUAUCUACACUUGGUUUCUAUUUCUUGGAGAUCAUGAAUUUGAGGAGGAUACAUUGAUCCAGUUAUGGAUUGCCGAGGGCUGUAUACAGACAGGGAAAGAACAACUUGUGGAGAGGGGUCGAAUAUAUUUCAAAGAACUUUGCUCACAAGGUAUUUUUCAGCAAUAUUUUGAUCCUCAAUUUUUUGCUCCUGGAAGACAAUCAGAAUACAAAGUUCAUAUGGAUGUUCGUGAACUAGUAAAACAAUGUUGUCCGGAGGAAUAUACUGUAGUGGAGGAGGGUGGAUCAAAUAAGAUAUCUCCGGGGACUUUGCAUUCCAUGCUAUGUCUUGGUGGCAAAAUUGGAAAGUUUGAUGAGAAAAUAUAUGAACGAUUUUAUGAGGCAAAGUUGUUACGCACACUUAAAUUCCAGAAUGAGUGUGGAAGGCCGAUGAUCAAGGACGUUUCUCAUAAAUUGUUUGUGAAAUUGAGAUUCUUACGAGUUUUGGAUUUGAGCUUUACAAGAAUCAAGGAGUUGCCAACCUCUGUUUGCAAGUUGAGAUAUUUACGAUACCUUGAUGUCUCCAGCACCCGAAUCAGAAAGUUGCCAGAAUCAAUGAGUAAACUCGAUAAACUAGAAACAUUGAAGCUAAGAGAUUGCUUAGACCUGGUCGGGUUACCCAAUGAAAUGAAUAAGCUGAGUAAUCUUCAGUAUCUCGAUCUGAAAGGGGUGCAUCAAUUGACUUCCAUGCCUCCAAGAAUGCGGGAGUUAACUAAUCUACAUACACUGACCACAUUCAUUGUGGGAAAAGAGAAAGGGUGUCAGAUUGAAGAGUUGAAAUUCAUGAAGAAGCUUAGAGGAUCACUUUGCAUAACAAAGAUGGAGAAUGUUACCAAAGACCAGGCUAAUGAAGCUCGAUUUGGUGAUGAGGUUGAAAUUCAUGAACUGGAGUUCCAAUGGAGUUCAAUUCACCGAUGGAAGUUCCGAUGGAAGAAUAAAGGUGAGAUGAAAUUUAAUCUUAUUGAGCCCCAUCCCUUAAUCGAACGGUUAAAGAUCACAGGGUUUGGUGCUGAAAGCUUUCCAGACUGGAAUUGGGGCAUAAGAUUCCAGAGACUUGCAUUUAUCCACCUAAGAAACUGCAAUUGCAUCCAUCUUCCAGAGCUUGGAGAACUCCCUUCCCUCAAGUCAUUGUACAUACAUGAAAUGAAUUUCUUGAGAGAGGUAAACAAUGAUUCUUUGGGUCCUUUCCCGAGUUUAGAAAUUCUGGAAAUCAAUGGAAUGCCUCGCUUGGAAAUAUGGACACCAAUAGAGAGGGAAGAUCACAUGCCUUCGCUUCGUGAGCUUACAAUCGUCGGCUGUCCAAAGCUGUUGUAUCUUCCGGAGUUCAAGAACUUCAUAUCUCUAAAACGUUUGACAAUUAGAGAUUGCCCCGGAAUCAACUUUUUUUCAGUUAAAAUGCUACCGGAUAGUCUUCAAUCAUUGAUUAUUUCGGGAUGUGAGAGACUUGAAGAACACCACCGGAAGGAAGAAGCCGAAUGGAGCAUGCUAACAGCAAGCAUUCCUGAAAUCUGGAUUGGGGACCAACGGAUAUCUCGAACAGGUAAAUCUCAGAUCCAUUAG